GAAGACGUAGCUGCGGGUGGCUGUGCUGGCUGCGGCCAAGAUGUCGACCAAGAAUUUCCGAGUCAGUGACGGGGAUUGGAUUUGCCCUGACAAAAAAUGCGGAAAUGUAAAUUUUGCCAGAAGAACCAGCUGUAAUCGAUGUGGACGGGAGAAAACAACUGAAGCCAAGAUGAUGAAAGCUGGGGGAACUGAAAUAGGAAAGACACUUGCAGAAAAAAGCCGAGGCCUGUUUAGUGCUAAUGAUUGGCAGUGUAAAACUUGCAGUAAUGUGAAUUGGGCCAGAAGAUCAGAGUGUAACAUGUGCAAUACUCCAAAGUAUGCUAAGUUAGAAGAAAGAACAGGAUAUGGUGGUGGUUUUAAUGAAAGAGAAAAUGUUGAGUAUAUAGAAAGAGAAGAAUCUGAUGGUGAAUAUGAUGAGUUUGGACGUAAAAAGAAAAAAUACAGAGGGAAGGCAGUUGGUCCUGCAUCUAUUUUAAAGGAAGUUGAAGAUAAAGAAUCAGAGGGAGAAGAUGAGGAUGAGGAUGAAGAUCUUUCUAAAUACAAAUUAGAUGAGGAUGAGGAUGAAGAUGACGCUGAUCUCUCAAAAUAUAAUCUUGAUGCCAGUGAAGAGGAAGAUAGUAAUAAAAAGAAAUCCAAUAGACGAAGUCGCUCAAAGUCUCGAUCUUCACAUUCACGAUCUUCAUCACGCUCAUCCUCCCCCUCAAGUUCAAGGUCUAGGUCCAGGUCCCGUUCAAGAAGUUCUUCCAGUUCGCAGUCAAGAUCUCGUUCCAGUUCCAGAGAACAUUCGAGAUCUCGUGGGUCGAAAUCAAGAUCCAGCUCCAGGUCCCACAGGGGCUCUUCUUCCCCACGAAAAAGAUCUUAUUCAAGCUCAUCAUCAUCUCCUGAGAGGAACAGAAAGAGAAGUCGUUCUAGAUCUUCUUCAUCUGGUGAUCGCAAAAAAAGACGAACAAGAUCACGGUCACCCGAAAGCCAGGUGAUUGGUGAAAACACUAAACAACCCUGAGCCCAGGGCCAACCCCUACGGAACACCACUACUUUACCCAGGCACCACAGGUCAUCUUCUGGAUCGUCUCAUUCUGGUUCCCGUUCAAGUUCAAAAAAGAAAUAAUGUAUUAAAAUUUACAUCUUUAAAAAAAAUGAAUACAAUGCAUGAAGCAUAUUUUUUAAGAAGUUGAUGUCUUACUUGGUCAGAAGUGCUAAAUCUGCUAGUAGAGGUGCAUGCCUUUCAUUGCUUUACAGAACAAUACAGCUGUGUUUAUUUGUGAAAUUAAAAGUAAAUAGCAUUUUAAGCCAUAAUGCCCCAAAAUAGAUGCUGUAUUUAGCAUUCAUUAUUUAAAACCAUUGCUUUAUUUAAAACCAUCUCAACUAUAACAAAGUGCUUUGUUUCUUAAUUUGAACUGUUUCAUUUCUGAAUAUGGCUGGUCUGUUUACGAAGACAGAAUUACUAAAUUUUUCUGAACUUUGAGCAUGUUGGCAAGGACUGGUGGUAAACUAGUUAGAAGCCAGCUGUUUAAGUUAACCUGGAAAAAGUACUUGUUUGUGUUAACUUACGUCUAAGUGACUCCUUAGAAAAAAAUCUAAUCUAAGUUGCAAAAACAGCCAAUUAGAAACAUCCUUAUUUUGAAAUUCCUUAUGUUAAAAGUUCCUUAGAAUCAUUGUAUUUUUUUUUUUUUUUUUAAUGUACUUUUACUUUUGACAACACAUUUAAUGGAGAAAUAUCUCGGCGAAUUGUAGAAGGAGAAAGUUGUGAAUCCUUUCUCUCUUACUCAUGCAUAAUUUUGGGCAAGAAAGAAACGCAGUCUAAAAAUUCAUUUCUUCUUGUUCAUAUGGGUGGCUGAUGAGAAAAAACAUCUUAUUUUGAAAUGUUUAUCUUACUAUUUUAAAGAGUUUUAUGUGGUAUUUUUAAAAAAUCUGGUCGUGUGGUGUGGUAAGCAAGACUAAAUCAUAGUUGUUGAGCAAAUUGAAGAAAGCUAAAGUACAUUUUUCUUUGGGUAAAAGGCCAACAGAAAUAUUUUGGGUUUAAGUGAACAUUUGCCUUGCGAUGUUUAACUGUAAACAGCACUGCAUAAAAUUUUCUUCUGAAGUACAAAUGAAUGCUUGUUUCUGUGAUGUAAGCAAAAAUCAUUAUUGUUCACAUUCGCUUACAGUUAUUUAUGGCUUAAAAUGCUUUCAGAGUUUAUUUCUCAAAAUUAAAAUCUGGUCA